AUGGCCGCACGACCAUCUACACCCCCUGACACCGCGGCAGACACGAAGGCCAGGCCGAAACCGACGCUUCUUGCCUUUCAUGGCUCGGGCAGUAACGCGACGAUUCAUUCUGUGCAGCUUGCGCGGCUGGUGCGGGUGAUUAAGCCGUAUUUUGAUAUAGAGAGUGUAGAAGCCCCCUUCCCCUCCCCCGCCGGCCCAGGCAUCCUCCCCUUCUUCGAAGGCUGCGGCCCCUACAAACGCUGGCUCCCGCCGACCGAGAAGAUCUCGCUCGAAGCCAUGCGCGCCGGCAGCUCGACGGCGACGAUGAGUCCCGAGGUCGAGGCCGUGGUUGGCAGCGCCGUGGCGCGCGUCCGCAAGGCGGGUGGGGACGUUGUCGGACUGAUUGGCUUUUCCCAGGGCACCAAGGUGGUGGCGGGCUUGUUGCGCGGGUGGGAGAUUGGCCGGGAAUUGGCCGUGGCUCGACGAGGUGGGGAGCAGGAGGGAGAGGGUGAUGAGUAUGAUCAAAGCCCGCUCCCAAAUCCUCACUUUGGCAUCCAAAUCUGUCCCUCAUACCCUCCCCCGCUUGUCCCAGCCUCUGUCCUCUCCGCCCUCGAUUCCUCGACUCAACUCUCCCCCGAGCAAAAAACCGCACUGCUGGAGCGCAAAAUUAAGAUUCCGACCUUCCAUGUCAUAGGUUCAAACGAUGAGUGGAUAUGGGCAGGGAAAAGCAUGGUGGGGAACCAUUUUGAAGUGGGGGAGGGGAUGAGUGUGGCGCAGGAGUGGGAUAUAGGACAUCAUUAUCCCGUGGCGCCGGAGGACAGUGAGAAGAUUGGGGAGUGGAUGCGGGAAGUAAUGAGGAAGGUGGAGGAGGAGGGGAGGUGA